CAGACAAGGAUCAGAGGUUCUGCCAGCCAGUGAGGCUGGAAGAGGGCGUUUGUUGUUGUCGUUGUUAUUGGUGGUGAUAUUGGCAGCAGCGGGGGUCAGGAAGUGGCAGGCGUCGAGGCUUGUGUGCAUGACAAAUGGUCAGACAGGUGUGUGUGUGGUGACGGGUCAACCAGCGGACCCAUUAGUCCUUCUGUGUUUGGAUGGUGGGGCCUCAGAGGGUGGGAAGGGUCCUUUCCACUUCCAGAGGGGGAAACAAAAGAUAUCAGGUUUUAGAUGACAUGCAUUUAAUUUUCACACAAUUGCCCUAGAAAUGCUCCUUCUUCUCAUAACUGCAUAUCAUUCAUUUCUUUUCACAUGAUCACAAACAGAAUCUGUAACCAAAGCCCCAUGCUCAACAACUGCACAGUUUGAAUGACUUUCAGCUGUUAAACAUGAGAUGUUCUCAAACAGGCAGCUGAACAGGAAUUUUCAUUUGCUGAUGUGUGCUUGUAUGCAUGUGUGUGUGUAUAUGUGUGUGUGUGUAGCACUGUGUGAACACAAGCUCUAUAAAAUGGGUGCAAUCUCUGUGUGAGAAAACUGUGACACUGUGUAAGGCUCAGUCUGAGAAUGAAUGUGCAGGUGGUGUUAAUUGUGCAGAGAGUUGAGAGCGUGCACUUUUGUCAUGUUUAAUCUGUCUGUGUGUGUGUGUGUGUGUGUGUGUGUGUGUGUGUGUGUGUAAGAGGGGAGUGGGGGGAGAGAUGUGUUUGACUUGGUGGGAAAUGGAUAAAGUGAGUGUGAGUGUGUGAGUGUGUGAGUGCACUGGGGGAGGGAGUGACUAUCGUGUGUGCCUGCCUCUCUGAACCCCUCUGGCAGAGGGAGCGAGAGAGUGAGAGAGAGAGAGAGAGAGAGAGAGAGCAAACACACUCAUUCUAGCUCUGUAUGAGAGAGAAGGGGUUAUGUGUGAGCUCAUGUGAGUGUAUGAACAAGGGAUGAUAAAUCCUCUGGAAAAAGGACGAACCAUUAGUAAGAAUGCCUCAAAAACAGAACCACGGCAAGAUGGCAAGAAAAGGACGCGAACCAUUUCUCCCCCUGCUUUGGAUUUUAUAGAAAGACAGUUUAGUAGAUGCAUAUUUUUUAAGGGAUUGAGAAGAAUCAUUUAAUGCUGACAUCUUUUUGACAACAAGUUUAAGCAGAGAGGGGAACUAGAGACCAUUUGAGGAGCAGGAUUUGCCCUCUGGAGCUCCAGACUUCUCUGGGUUUUUAACAAGGACAAGGGUUGAGCAAAUGUUGGACCAGAGAGAAAAGGGAAUGACAAAACGAAGACGGUGUUUCUGUUUUAUCUGAGCGGCUGAGACUCUCAGUCUCUCGGCUUGCUUUUACCUCAGGGGGGGAAACUCAAAUCUCUGUCCACUACUGAAGAUCAAGCCUGGGUUGCUUCCCGAGGGGUGGCUGCACUGACUUAAACUACAGCCAUGCUGUGUGGUCUGAGGAGAGACACCAAGAACAGCAUUGAUGAAGGACCAUACUCUAAGGGGAGCAAGGAGUCGGGGGGAAGUGACCAAUCACAUUCGUCCAGAAGGCGCAGCCUUUCAGCAGAAGAGUACCGAGGAGUGACCACGGUGGACCUGAUGAAAAGGGAAGGGAGCAGCCUCGGCCUCACCAUCUCCGGAGGGUCUGAUAAGGACGGCAAGCCCAGAGUGUCAAACCUACGGCCAGGUGGGCUAGCUGCCAGGAGUGACCAGCUGAAUGUAGGAGACUACAUCAAGUCAGUGAAUGGCAUCAACCUGUCAAAGCUUCGCCAUGAUGAGAUUAUCAGCCUGCUGAAGAACAUCGGGGAACGAGUUGUGCUGGAGGUGGAGUACGAGCUGCCUCCGUUCGUUCAGACCCCCUCAGGAGUCAUAACCAAAACCAUAGAGGUGUGUUUACACAAGGAGGGAAACAGCUUUGGGUUUGUCAUGAGAGGAGGCUUCCAUGAAGACUGGCGCAGGUCCCGUCCUCUAGUGGUUACCUACGUCAGACCCGGGGGUCCCGCUGACAGAGAGGGCACUUUGAAGGCCGGAGACCGGGUGUUGAGCAUAGACGGGAUGCCUUUAAACAGAGAAAAGCACGCUGACGCUUUGACCAUGCUGAUGCAGAGCGGCCAGGAAGCUCUGUUCCUGAUUGAGUAUGACGUCUCUGUCAUGGAGGCAGUGCAGCAAGCCUCAGGCCCUCUGCUGGUGGAGAUAGUGAAGGGCCCCUCUGCCAGCCUGGGGAUCAGCCUCACCACAACAAUAUACAGGAGCAAACAAGUUAUCAUUAUUGAUAAGAUAAAGCCAGCUAGCGUGGUGGAAAGGUGUGGAGCGCUGCACGCAGGUGACAUCCUCCUGUCCAUAGACGGGACCAGUACAGAGCACUGCUCCCUGAUGGAGGCCACGCAGCUACUAGCCAGUACCUCAGAUAUUGUCAAACUAGAGAUUCUUCCAGCCAGUCAGAGUAGACUUCCUGUCAGGCCGCAAGACACAGUAAAAGUGCAGAAGAGCAACCAUCAUCACUGGGACCAAAGCAGCAACUACUGCCAUCCCCCACAUGCCAGCCACAGCAAGACAUGGAGCAGCCCAAGCCACCCACACAACCAGCAGGACCACUGCAAAUCCCUGGUGAGUGGUGGCUUCUCCCCUUCCUCCACAGCCACCUCAGGCUUCAGCAGCCAAGGUAGCAACACUCUGCCCUGUCCCAUCCCUCCGAUCGCCCCCACCAGCCCCCGCAGUUCCACCGGCAAGAGGAGGAACAGGAAGAAAGACCACAAGAGCUCACUAUCUCUGGCGUCCAGUUCUGUUGGCCCAGGGGGGCAGGUUUUUCAUGUGGAAACAAGCGAGGUCGUCCUGAGGGGGGAUCCGCUCACAGGUUUCGGGAUCCAGCUGCAGGGGGGUGUCUUUGCCACAGAAACCCUGUCCGCUCCCCCAGUCAUCCGCUUUAUAGAGCCCGACAGCCCAGCUGAGAGGUGUGGGCUGCUGCAGGUUGGAGACAGACUAUUGUCCAUCAAUGGGAUCCCCACUGAAGAUGGCACCUUGGAGGAAGCCCAUCAGCUGCUCAGAGACUCCGCUCUGGCCAAUAAGGUCACAGUGGAGAUUGAGUUUGAUGUUGCAGAGUCAGUGGUUCCCAGCAGUGGCACCUUCCACGUUAAACUGCCCAAGAGGAGAGGAGUGGAGUUGGGCAUCACCAUCAGCGCAAGUAAGAAACCUGGCAAGCCCCUCAUCAUCUCUGACAUCAGAAAAGGAAGUAUAGCACACAGAACAGGCACUCUGGAGCCUGGAGACAGGCUGCUGGCCAUCGACAGCGUGCGUCUGGAGAACUGCACCAUGGAGGACGCCAUGCACGUCCUGCAGCAGGCCGAGGACAUGGUCAAACUGCGAAUCCAGAAGGACGAGGACAACAUUGAUGAGUUGGAGAUGUCAGGCUCCAUAAUCUACACAGUUGAGCUGAAGAGAUACAAUGGACCACUGGGCAUCACCAUUUCUGGCACCGAGGAGCCCUUUGACCCCAUCGUCAUUUCUGGCCUCACCAAGAAAGGCCUGGCAGAGAGGACCGGGGCCAUCCAUAUAGGGGACCGAGUCCUGGCUAUCAAUGGCGUCAGUUUAAAAGGGAAGCCGCUGAGCGAGGCCAUCCACCUCCUGCAAAUGGCCGGGGAGUCCGUCACCCUGAAGAUCAAGAAACAAGCCGACCAGUCUGAUGGCCGACGGCCCCUGGACAGAGAAGCUGGGUUUUUAAGUGACACAGAGGACGAACUGACGGACUCCCAGAAGACCAGUAAACACUCAGAGGUCUACUCUGCCACCGUUCCCAGUAUAGACUCUGCCAUGAGCUCCUGGGAUAGCUCAGGGUUCGACGCAGGCUACAGUAGCCAAGGAACAUAUCUUCACAAAGCAUCCGAUAUAUUGCUCAAUCCAAAUGAGUGGAGGCGCACAAAGCACAGGAGCCAAACCAGUUCAAGCUCUGCAGGCUUAGUCCACCACACAGCGCUGUAUGAUGGGAGAUUCACUGAGGAUGAGUGGGACAAGAUACCUGGAUUCGUCAGCCCGCCUCGUUGCCAUGGCACCCUCAACCAGGAGGACAGUUUCUGGUCCCAGGCUCUGCAGGACCUCGAGACCUGCGGUCAGUCAGAGAUUCUCAGGGAGCUGGAGGCAUCCAUGACAGGUAGUGCACUUAGUCUGUACCUAGAAGAGACCAAGACCAACGAAGACUUGAUGUUUCAGUCUGACAUUAGUCCCAUUAAGAGAGAGGGAAUCCAUGCCGAGUCUAAGAACAAAAGCAACCUGAACAUGUCGACUGGAGCCAGAGAUGUACCGUCCAGGGGCAAAGGGGACCCCUGUGAUAUUUUGUCUCCUACAACUCUGGCACUGCACAAGGUGACGAUACAGAAAGACCUUGAGAGCCAUGACUUUGGUUUCAGUGUAUCAGACGGGCUCCUGGAGAAAGGGGUUUUUGUCAAUAUGAUCCGCCCAGAUGGCCCAGCUGACCAGGCGGGUUUAAAGCCUUUCGACCGCAUUCUUCAGGUGAACCGUGUGAGGACCAGGGACUUGGACUGUUGUCUAACUGUGCCCCUAAUUAUGGAGGCUGGAGACAGCCUGGACUUGGUCAUUAGCAGGAAUCCACUGGCAGCAGCAGACACCGGCCUGCCUGACGACUGUGACCACCCUUCAAACUCAGUGUUCUGUUUUCCUGAACACAGGACCAAUGGCAUCGCCCUGUGACCACAAAGACAGACGCUAGCAGUUGAAACACUGUCGCGCCAGGACCUCACACACACAUACACACACACAUGCACGCACAAACGUCACGCACAGUUAAGUUUGUCACAUUGUACCUCUCAGAGAGACCUUCACGCUCAUGUUCAGCACGCAGAGUAUCCUCUCACAUGCACAAACACAAACAGCCACUCUCCCACCGCCUGAAAGCAUCUCUCACUCUCAAAGUUACAAGUGCAUGUGUUCACUCCUGCCGGUUUUAGUCGCUGUGUUCACAUGCAGAGGAGGCUCUGGCUUCGGGGCAGAUCCCCCCCACCAUCACCAUCACCACCACCACCACCACCACCACCACCACCCACCCCUCAACCCCUUCACUCUCCAGAGGCAAAGCCACAUGUAGAGUUAUAUAAUAGGGGGGAGUCAUAGCUUCUGACGGAGCCAGGAUGUCAACAAACACGUCUCAGCUCUGGAGAGAGUCAAACGCUGCACACACGCACUGCAUAGAUUUACAAUCUUUUGCUUUAAUUGGAUGCACGUUCUUACUGAAAGAACAUAAACCCAGGUGUGUGAAAAGGAGUUUUUAUUUUAUGUUGUACACAUAAGACUCCCAUGCAAUGCUUUAUAUGCAUAAAGCACACACACACACACACACACACCACACACACACACACACACACACACACACACACACUAACACUAACACUAACACUAACACACAGGGUGUUCGUUAUUUCAGCCACGUCUUGGCUCACUGCCCUCGUUUCCAGUCUCUCCUCCACGCAGCCUGCCCUAGAGAAGGGACAGUGCCUCCAAAUAGACAGAAUGCUCUCUGCUACUUGCCAAGUAUAAUCAACUAUAUUUUAAAGCCCCUUAUAUCUUAAUACCACGAAUACUUAUGAAGACACUCUCCUCUUCCUGUUUUAAAGUGGGUGUCCCUUGACAGAUAAAUAGCUUGUGAAUGGCUCUAGAGAGACUCCAGCAUUCAGACAUUUUUAUGUUACUGUCCUGAUGACUCAAACACAGAUAUUGUUUCUAGUUUCACACUCUGCACAUGUUUCUUUGCAACACUGUGUUUGCACGUAACCCACGUUUCUCUGUUAUGAUCUAGGAGUUCAAAUCUCCCUUUCACAUUUCACUUUCACUGUGUGACUCUGAGUCUCUGUAUGUGGCAUUUACACCAGAAUGACGUACAGGUUGGUUUGUGGUUUUAUCACUGAUGCUUCCUUAAGUGAAUCUCAUCCUUUACCGAAACAAAGGAUGAAAUGCCUUUCAUUUUUCAGAAAUGAAUAACUUCACUCCUCAUCUGACUGGAUUGAUCAUCAGUGUGACUCUCAAUGCAGUAGCUGUCUCUCCCACCAGUAUCUGUAAGCAUGUUAAGCAUGCAUAAAGUUUCUCUUCAGCAAGUAGCUCCUUCUUGUAAUGAAAAAAAUAUUGGGUAGCAAUCUCUGUUUGCUCCAAUUGGAUCUGUGUGAGAGUGCUCCCUUUUUUUAAAAUCAUGAAAUUAGUUUUAAAUUAAGCAUUUGUGCAACAAAACUGGCCUGAUAAUCAAACUGCCUCUCUGGAAAUAAGAAACACUUGUUUAAUUUCAUGGCUGAUGUGAACAUGUUGUGAGAUAGUUGCAUUGUCUUAUUUAGAGCAGCCUUAGAGACUGAUUCAUCCUUGGGAUGGUAACUUUUUUCCAGUCAGACUCAUGUCUUUUAUUAAAUGUCAUGUUGUACACUGAGGCCUAUUUUUAAGGUUUUGCUGUUUAAUUAAUUUACUGUAUUGUAUAUUAUAUUUUACUGUAUAAUGUAUCAUGGUAUGCAGUGCUUUAUUUUAUUUCCAGUAUAUGCACAUAGUAUCUUCAUGUAAGCUGUGAAUGUGGCUGCACAUUUUUUGGUUGAUUUCCACAUCCUCCCUGAAAAUGUCAGGAAUCAGUUCAAAGGAACUUGAAAGAUUUAUUGGAUAUUAUUUUAUUUUUGUUAUUUAAUUUAUUAUAAACUAAGAAAUGUAUUUCUUUUUAUGAGAAUAAAGUAACGAAACUUUA